AUCCCGCGAGACUUAGCGGGCAUCUCCUCGAGGGAGCGAAAGCGAGGCGCCGUGGUGGGCUUUGUGUGCGUCGCGUGUUUUGUGCGUCAUCAGUGUGCGCCCGGCGGCGGCCGGGGAAGGCGGGUGGGCGUGGGGUUGGGUGCAGUGUCGAGGCCUGGGCAUGGAUGGGGGCACUGGGAUGGGGCAGGAGGACUGCUGCGGGUCCAGGCUUGGGCUAACGAGGCGGGGGAGCUCCGAGGACACCGUGUGCUGGGGGAGAGUGAGAUGUGGGGAGCUCUGAGACCCCCGCAGGCCUCUGCCCUGGAGCAGUGAGGCCUUCAUGUGCUAUGAAGUGCCAAAUGGUGUUGCUGCGGUCUGGCCCCGGGAGGGAGCUGUGUGUAGAGGUGGAUCUCUAUUGCUGUUAGUGAUAAAUAAUGAAAUACCUCUUCCCUUCUGUGCGUGGCCUCAGGCAGCACUUGAUGUCGAGCCGUGGCCUAUUUCACUGGUUGUGUGUGCCGCAGCCCGUUGUAUUUUAACCAUGUCUCUGCUGCUUUUUGAGGAGCAGAAGUGUUUUGUAACAGACCUGGCCUGUGCUCAUGUGCUCCCUCCCCACAGAGGCCAGGAGUUCGAAUCAUUACCUGGAGAGAUACAAUUUUGUUGUUGGUAAUUAGAUGGUGGGAUGCAGAGCUGUGCUCCUCUCAGUUCUCAACCGAGGUUUUGCCCGCUUUGAGCUGACCUGAGUGGCCACAGGAGGCACAGAGCAGGAUCUGUCCCCAGCAGCAUGCGUGCACUCAGUGAGCGCUAAUGGAGCCUUCACUUCAGCCACAUGUGGAAAUCAGGUCUGCGAGUCAGUGAGGCUGGCAGCGAUUAACAUGAAACCCUUCAGCACCUCAUGCGGGGUUUCCUGGGGCCAUUUUGCUGCAUGCAGUGCCUCUCAUUGCUGACCUGGUUUGCCCUUGUGCUAUGGGCUAAAGUGGGAGCAUGAGAAUAGCUCUGGGAUCUAACCCCUGUGAUGUGGUAUCACUUGCUAAAUCCCCCCUUUACACACAAAUGACCUGUUUUCUGCUGCCUGACUGCAUGGGUGCUGGCAGAGCCAUGGCCAUUCCUGAGGCUGCACUCCCCUCUGCUGGAAAGCCACAACCUCGCAGUUGAUCCUGCUCCAGAGGAGGCUUCACCUGGGAGAAAGCCCUGAGCCCAGUGGGGCAGCGGUUGUGCAGUGCUUGGGAACCUGCAGGCACAGCCUGGAUGCACACAUUGACUUUGGUGUCCCCUAAAUAUGUACCAGUCCCUGUCCUGGUGGCAGCGUGGAGGGACAGUGAGGACUAGGGUCUUCUGAGGACACGGUUCUGGGUGUGUGGAACUGCUCUGAACCCCUGCUUUGUGCAGGCAUUGUCACCAUCUCUGCGGCUGAUGCAGUGAUGAGGAGGAUGGCAAGUGGCUUCCCCCCAGGCUCAGCCACAGGUUUUCUGUCGGAGCCAAUGGCUCUGGCUGAGGAGCAGAUUAAAUUGUGCUCAGUGCUGGUGGAGGAGCAGUCCUUCACCCUGACCAGCUGUGAACUGAUAGCUGGAGAUCACAAAAAUUAACUAAUUUGAAGCUCACGUGGCCCCCUUGCUGGUGCGAGUGCGACGUUCCCAGCUUUGAGAAGAGCUUCAGCGCUUUUCCCCUCCCUCCCUGCGCGCGAAGUGACUGAUUGCGGUCACGUUGAGCCGAGUUCCCAGCGAGCUGUGUGACUUCCCUGCCUCUGACAGGCAUUCCCUGCCUGCAGCAGCCCCAGGCUCUGUGCACACGGGGACAAUGGAGGAGGGAUCGGGUGCUCAGGGUGCAGCCUGGCACGUCAGCAGCUCUGGCCCCAAGCUCCCUAGGCUGGAUGCGGCCGUGUGGGGCUGGAACCCCUGGGUUGUGAUGUGGGGCUCCUGGGCUCUGGCUGCGUUCGCAUCCCUGAUGCUUGUGGGACCGUAUUCUGGCUGUGCUGUGCAACCCAGUGCCUUUGACCACGUUUUUCUCAGCCACCUCGCUCCCCGUGGGGUGAGCUGUGCUCCCCCAUCAGCUGGAAAUUGCUGCUCAGCAGCUCUUGCAUCCCGCUUAGCUACAAGGGACAUGGGAGGAACUGAGGGAUGGGACAGCCCUGGCUGAACCCCACACCUGGGAGGCAGCCAUGAGGCCACAAGCAGCCCUUCUGCCCGGCAGCUCAAGCAUCCUCAUCUGAAGGUGCCUCGGGAACAGGCCUGGCAUUAACGUUUCUUUGAGGGCACGGUAAUUAUUUUGCAGAAGCUGGAGAGCAGCCAGCAGCCUUCCUUCACACUCAGCCCAGCUGAAAGAUGGGCGUGGUGUUGAGGCUGUUUCCUUCUCUUUUUGGCUUUGGCUGUUUGGAAGAUUGAAAUAAAAAAAAAUGAGGUGGCUGUGGUGCUGAUGGCUGACACCUAACACGGAGCUGCGAUGGCUUGGGGAAGGGGGUUCCUACCCUGCAUGUCCUCCCAUACUGAUUUCUUCACCCGAAGAUGCUCAGCCCAGCCCGGUGUGGAGUGUGCCCGGGAAGAGGGUUAAAGGGAGCUCGUAAACAGGAGGGGGACGUGGUCCCCCAUGUCCAACUUUGGACAUGGUCUGAUGGUGAUGGGAUGGGGGGGGGAAUGGCUUUGAACUAAAAGAGGCAGAAGUUGGGGCUUGUGGUCUUCAGGGUCAAUUUAGGCUCUCUGCUGUGGUUCUCUGAAUAUUGCAGGGCUGUCCUUUGCAGGGGGACCAGGGGCAGGGACGCACUGCGUGCCACCAGCAUUAAUUGGGUCAUGGCUUGUUAAUUGGAGCAUUGCUCAUCGAUUGGGGAUACCAAGGAUGCUGAGAGCCCAGGGGUCUCAACCACACUUCCCCCCCUGCGCAGUGCAGGUCCCUCACACCCGCUCGUUUCCCACGAGCUAAUUAAGAAUCGCGCAGCGCUCCACGAUGCCGUGCUGCCUACGGAUUGCAGUGAGCGGCAGCUUUGCUCCUCCCCAUCCCUGCUGCCGCUGACUCUGCCCACCAGAGCUGCACAGAGCAAGAAUGGAGGGGGACUUGGCCAGGAGCGCAGCCCGGCUGCCCGCGCUGCUGCUGGCGCUGCUCGGCUUCGCGCCAGAGCUCCUGUUCGGCCAGGUGCGGGCGCAGCCCCAGCAGGUGUCUGGCGUCCUGGGGGGCUCGGUGCUGCUCUCCCCGGUGCUGCCCCCCGGCAGCAGGGUGAAAGAGAUCGAGUGGAGCUUCUCCUCCGGUGCCGGUGCCACCAUCCAGGUGGCUGAAUUCGGCCCAGGAGGCUUCGAGCGCCCUGACCCCCAGGACCGCUUCAAGCAGCGCCUGGAGAUGCCCAAUGCCACAGCACUGAGGAUCGGGGCCCUGGAGCUGGCCGACAGCGGGGUCUACGGGGCACGGAUCAAACUGCAUCCAGCGCUGGUGGAGGACCAAUCCUUCAACCUCUCUGUCUACGAGUCGGUGCCGAGGCCCCGGACCCACAGCCAGCUGCUGGCCAGCACCCUGGAGUGGUGCAACCUGACUUUGCAGUGCCAGGGCACUGGCAAAGGAGCCGUCAACGUCACCUGGAGGAGGGACAACGGCCGCCAAGAGCUGGGCACCGACCGCUCGCAGCUGUCCCCGGAUGGCACCACGCUGCGCCUGGCCCUGCAGCCCGGCACCGCCAAUGCCACCUACACCUGCACUGUCAGCAACCCUGCUGACCAGAAAGUCGUCCCCUUCGACCUGCAGAGCAUCUGCCGCAGCGGAGGGGGACAGGUGUCCUUCUCCAAGUCGGGUUACAUCGUCCUCACCCUCAUCCUGCUGGCUGUCAGCCUCGGCGGAGCUUUCUGGUGCUGGCGGCUCAACAGUGAGAAGUCAGCGGACCCAGCUGCCACCCCCACGGCACCAGCCGAGGAGAGCCCCCCAGAGCCCCAAUACACCGAGAUCGUGCACCGCAGCCCCCCGGAAGGUAAUGACCAGGGCCUACGUCCCCCUGAAAACAACCCGGAGCCGACCUCAACGGAGAAAGCACCGGGCAGCACCGUGUACGAGCAGAUCCACCAGGAGCCAGAGGACACAGCCGAGGAGGUGACAUAGGCCCUCAGGCGCCGACAGCGCUGGAGCAUCAGGAUGUAACCGAAGGGCUGUAACGUGCGUUGUGUGCCAAACCCGACCCCUCUCCAGCCCCUGGUUUGGCUCCGGGGAUGGAGGUGCCAUCUCUGGGUGCAGCCAGCCGGAUGCUUCCCCACCCACCUCUGGUUUGUCCAACCCUCUGUCCAAAGCCCUCGUGGCCCCUUUGGGGACAUGGAGAUGAGCGGCAGUGGUGAGGCUGGGUCCCUCCUCCGGCACCGGGCUGGGACAUGGCUCCGUCACCCACACAACUGGGGGUCCCAGCCCCAUUUCUGCCAGCUGAGAGAGUGGGCUGCCCUGGAGCAAGAAGAGGGGAACCAAAACCUUUAUUUCUGGGGGGAGAGGGAGGGAUUGGGGUCUAGGGGAGGUAGAAUGAGUGGGCAGGGGCAGAUCCAAGCACUGCAGAUCCAGGACGGGACCACCUGGGGCAGAUUGCCCCCCACCCCCACUGCCCCCAGCCUCCAGCUCAGCAACCCUCCCCCUCGCUCCUGGGGUCGAGCAGACCCUGGUGGUGACAUCCCCAGGGUCAUGUGGGAAUCUGGGGGGGACCAAUGCCUGGGGGGGAGACCAAUGCCUGUGGGAGAUGUGCCCGCUCUUCCCCCACCCCAUAGCCAUUCCUGUGUCGCCCAUGUGCUGCCA